AUGUUCGCGGCACCCAUCCUGCGCAGCGCUGCUGCCUCUUCGUCAUCCACCGGCCCUGCGGCGGCAGCAUCCUUCUCGCAAGCGCACAAGUCGUACGUCAAAUCGCUCUACCGCCGCACGCUCAAGAACGAGCUGGACUGGUGCAUCCGUCGCGACAUCUGGCGUGACCGCGCUAUCGAAAUCCGCGUCGAGUUCGAGAGGAACCGUCACAUCCGCAACCCUAGGGAGUUGGCCAAUCUGUUCGAGAAGGCCGAGAGGGAUUUGAAGAGGGUGCAGCACCCCGAUCCUCACCGACCCGCCAUGUUCGAAGACGGCACAAAGUGGGAACGCAACCUUCCUCCUCCCAUGUUCAGCGAGGCCGAGAAGAAGGCCGCUCUCGAUGCGCAACACCACUAA